GUGUUCUUGCGGUGGGAGACUUUUACCAGCUGCCCCCCUUGGGAGCUUCAAAACCUCUUUGUGUCAUGGAGGAUGGUGUACUUGAUCUCUGGAAUGAGAAUUUCUGCCUGGUAAGUCUUACAGAGAUCAUGCGACAGAAGGAUGACAAACUCUUUGCUGAGCUACUUAAUCGGCUUCGUGUCAAAAGGAAAGCUGAUGAUCUCAGCGAGGAGGACAGAUCUUUGCUGAAGCAGUGUGUUGCAGAUCCCAAGGAUUGUCCGUUGGAUGUGUUGCACAUUUUUGCAACCAACAAACAGGUAGAUGCACACAACGCUGCAGUGGUUGCCUCAUUAGGUACAGCUAUUGUUGAUGUUCACGCAGAGGAAUACAGGAGAGAAACAAAAACUGGAAACAUGAUUAGUUUGGGCAGUUGCAUUAGAGGCAACAGUCGAGAUUUGUGCGACCACAUCCAAGCUGGAUUGGGUAUUAGAGUCAUGAUAACAAGGAACCUGGAUGUAGAGGAUGGCCUGGUGAAUGGAACCUUUGGAACGAUAGUCGACAUUGUUACCCACACCAAUGACGAAAUGAUAACUGUGAAACUGAUCGGACUGAGACUGGACAAUUCCAUGGCUGGACGUACCAAAAGAAUGCGUGGUAAACCAGACGACUUGGUCUACAUUGAGAGAUUCGAGGAACAAAGCAGCGUAAGAGGAGUGAUACGACGGCAGUUUCCACUUAAAUUGGCCUUUGGGUGUACAGCACACAAAGUACAGGGGAUGACCAUGCAGUCGGCAGUUGUUUCUUUAAAACGUAUGUUUGCACCUGGUAUGGCAUAUGUGGGAUUAAGUCGUACAACUUCUUUGGAAGGGCUUAAAAUCAUCGAUUUUGAUGAGAAAAAGAUCUACGCUGAUGAAAGAAUCACAGCAGCCAUGGAUACGAUGAGGCGAGCAUCGUUCUCCAACACCAGCCCCCUCCUGCAUUUCCCAUCAAGUCCUCUGCGCACCACAUUGAAAAUCAUCCACCACAACGUUGGAGGUCUUGUAUGUCACUAUGACGACAUGAAGCACCAUCAUGAACUGGGAUUGGCCGAUAUUCUCUGUCUUACAGAAAGUCAUUUGUUUGGAUCUUCUUAUCCAGCUUCUUUGCAAAUGGAGGGUUAUUGUUUGUUUGCACGCAACAGACACGUCUCCUACUCUAGCAGAGCCGACAUUGCUACCAAGGAAGGGGGGGGAGUAGCAACUUACUGCAGGAGCAUUCUCCAACCUGAGGAACGCAGAUACUUUCACAAUGUUACAGAUCUUGAGUACAAUGUCAUUAGAUUGGACGCUCCGAUAUCAGUCCUUGUUGCCACGGUUUACAGGCCACCCAGUUAUGAUCUUGCCAGCUUCUUGAAAAACAUUCAGAGCUUCUUGGAUGGUCUUUAUUCUAUUGAUAUUCAGCCCGUUGUUGUAUUGGGAGACUUCAAUGAGGAUCUUCUCUCUCCAGGAAAAAAAGCAAUCAAGGACUUGUUUGAAAGCAAAGGAUUCACUCAGCUUAUCUCAUCUCCAACAACAAAAAAGCGCACCCUGAUUGAUCACAUUUACAUAUCUCGCCCAGAAUAUUGUGUCCAGUCAGGUGUGUUGCAGACAUAUUACAGUUACCACAACCCGGUAUACUGUAUUUUGUCUUCUUUCUCAGCUGCUGCCUCUCCUUCACUUUUUGACAUGUAACAUGCGAUUGGGCAGGACUGUGUUGCUUUGUUCUUGAUUUAAUAGUCGCCAAUCGCAUAGCACAGCUGACUGUUACAACCCUCUUAAUAAUUUCUGAGUCUAACCAUGAGCCUACACUUUCUGCAAAGAAAUGACUGCUCUGAAUAUGUUUUAUGGCACAAUUUGUUUUUCUUUCUUACCAGUGCUCCCAUUAGACUUUCCUUUGGUGGUGGUGGUUGUUAUUGAUCUUGAGUAGUCUGGAACCGUGUUCCAGAAUGGCCAUUUUUGGCUACAUUUUAAAUCUGGGAAUGCGUAAUUAUUUUAUUUUUAGUUGCCACCCUGUGCAUGCUUCAUUCUCUUCCCCUGUCUCUGCUUUCCACGCUGUGCAUGCUUCAGCCUCUUGUUGCUAUCUCUGCUACCGCCCUGUGCCUGCUUGGAAAUGAUGUUGCACCUGAAGUUUACAGCUUUGUAUGUCAGGUUUUGAGUGGCAUUAACCCCUUUUUUCCCCAAGUUUUUCUCUGUUUUGCAGGUUAUGCAAUGUGACACACAUAAGUUUGUGCUUGAAGAACGUCAAAAUUAACCUGGUAGACCUGGAAGGCAACCCACCAUUAGCAGCAAGGUGAUAUUAAGUACUGAGGUGUGUCAGGAGGACGUCUGUCUCAAUAUUCAAUGCUUUGAUGUAGAAUUUGCACUGAACUGAGUAUUGCCGUGGACUGAAGGAGUAACCAGAUAGCCCUGUGAUUGGUCAUAGUCUUCAGUUGGACUUGUCAACCCACGCUGUAGACAAGAAGCAGUUUGGAAGGAAGACGCCAGAGAACUGAUUUUUUUUUUUUUUUUUCACUUUGCAACAAAGGAGCAGUUGCCACGUGCUCAAAAUGUCCUGACAGCUUUUUGCCGUACUAACAUACAGACUCUUUUUAUUUCAUGAAAGUUUUUGAUUUUUCUCUUUUCCACUGACUUCCAUUGUCAUGUUGGAUUUUAUGUUAUACUGUGAUGUUGCAUUAAGUUGAUUGUUAUAGAUUUAUGAUUAAGAAUGGAAACUCUCUACUACAGACACACACCAAGAUCUACAGUUCUCGCAAUCUUUUUGCUUUAUGUAGACAACCAGGUUCUGAUGAGUAUCACAGAACCAUAAAUUACUCAGUAACGCUAAUUUUUAGAUUCAAUACAGGGUGUCUUCUCGCUCACAUUGGCCCACAGCGGGAUUCCCCUUGACUUGGCUGCAUCAGUUUUUUUUACCAUUUCUUAGACGAGGUGGUGUUUUUCUGGUGGAGGCCCAGCCUGAAUUGGCAUUUCUUACAGACAAUGCCCAUUACACAUGAUAUAUGUAUUUUAGUUCACUUUGUUUGAUUUCUCAUUGUCCUACAGCAUUUUAUAGUUGUAAUUUUAACAAUUAUUGCCUGUUUAAAGUUUGUUCUGAUUUUUUAGUUAAUAA